CCGGGGCGCCAGCUUAGUCUGUGGUUGACGACCGGAGUGGUUGACGACCGGAGUAUCGGAAAAGGUGCUCUCAUUGCUAUUUGGGUUUGUGGGCGGGCGUAGAGGAAGGCGAUAAAAGCCGCGCUUGUAGCCGAGGUGAAGAGGAAGAAGGAGGAGGAGAAGAAAGAAGAACGAGCCGGAGGAAACCCGCCCGGAAACUGAAAGAAGGUGCCAUUGGUCGGAGGAUGGAAGCGGAGAAGAUGGAUGAGAAUGAAUGGCGAUAUCACGGGGAGGGCAACAAGAGCCUCGUCGUCUCCCACAGACAGCACUGCAUAGUACUACGCUUCUUGAAAUUUCCUCCAAAUCGAAAUAAGACACCAGAAGAAAUCUCUCAUCAUCUUCAGAACAUAGUGUAUUUUGGCAAACACAUCAUGAAGCACUUUUUUGGGGAGAAAUAUGUUCAUCAUGGGGAAGUUGUCCAGCUCUCUUUGGACUUUGUGAAACAACUUUGCUUAAAGAUCCAGGCAGAGAGGCCAGAAUCACGCUGUGAUAAAGAGAUGGAUGCUCUUAGUGGUUAUGCUUUGUGCCUUCCUAAUCUCACCAGGAUGCAUUUUGUUGAACAUCGCCCUAAACUUUGUAUAGAAAUUAAGCCAAAAUGUGGAUUUCUCCCCUUUUCCAGUCAUGUUUCACAAGAUAUAAAGUAUAAAGUUUGUCGUUACUGCAUGCACCAGCAUCUAAAGGUAGCAAAAGGAAAAUGGAAACAUCUAAGUAAAUAUUGUCCGCUAGACUUAUUCUCAGGAAAUAAACAGCGAAUGCACUUCGCCUUGAGAAACCUAUUAUAUGAAGCACAGAAUAAUUUAAAAAUAUUUAAGAAUGGUGAAUUAAUUUAUGGUUGCAAAGAUAAUGAGGAUUCACUAUCAGAUUUGAAUGAACUUGCUUGUCAUCUGAAACCUUUCUUCUUUCCUUCAAAUGGCCUGGUCAGUGGACCUCAUUGUACAAGGACAAUUCUGAAAGAGUUGAUCCAUGUAAUAACAACAAUUCUACUGAGUAAUACAGAUACCUGUAAAGCAGGUGAUUUGAAGACAGUUCCCAGCUCACAAGGAAGGAGCUAUUGUGAAGCCAGUGCUUUCAGUAAAGAGCUAGUGCGGAAUGCUAAAAACAAAAUAGAAACCACUGGCUUGCCAAAGGGAUGCCUCCUUUACAAAACACUUCAGGCUCAAAUGCUGGAUACACUGGAUAUAGAAGGGGUUUAUCCUUUAUACAACAGAGUUGAACAAUACUUGGAAGAGUUUCCCAAAGAGAGGAACGUACUACAGAUUGAUGGGCCAUAUAAUGAAUCAUUCUAUGAGAAAUUAUCAGAUCGCUCAAGUGAAGAUGAUGGAACACUAGCAUAUGCAUUGACAAAGGUUCAGCAAUAUAGAGUCGCAAUGACAGCAAAGGACUGUUCCAUAAUGAUUGUGCUUUCACCUUGUCAACAAGAUGAAUGCUCUGAGCAGAGGCCAGUGGUUCUAACAUCAAAAUCAAGAUUCACCUUUUCAGUUUCUGUCCUGGAUUUAGACCUGAAGCCAUAUGAAAGCAUUCGUCAUCAAUAUAAGCUUGAUGGGAAGAUAGUGAAUUAUUAUCUGAAGAGGACACAAGCCAAAGAUGACUCAGUAAUGUCAAAUCUUUUAAAAGAAAAUGAAGACUGCACACUAGUUCUCCAUAAAAUGUAACUGGUUAAAUAUUUAACACAGAGGAAAAUUAAGUUAUGGGUUUUUUAUUAUUUUCAGUUGUGCUUUCAAUUUAUCUACCUUUCAGAAACACAAAAAAAACCCCGAGAUUGCCUUGAAGAAUGCAUUUAUUGUAAGAAAGACAUGUACUGUUAGUUUGAAUGAAAUGACUGUUCUAUGACUGUAGAAGAGAAUUUGAUUGUUCAAAUGCCGAAAACCAGUAUCCUUAUUAAAAUUCUAACUGCAGCUAUAACUAUAUAUGAAUUGCUGAGUAUCACUUGUUUAAAAUAAGGUGAUCUGAUCAAAUUCUAAAAUUCUUGAUUAGAAAUAAUUCUAGAUUCUUAAUGCUCCUUAGACUGCUGCUUGCAUAUGUAUUGUCUCUUAUGUGAUCUUAUGUAGUUGUUCCCCAAAUUGUUUAAAACUUAUUAAAAAGAUUUAAUGUAUAAAGAAACCCCCUUUCUUGAAUAAUGAUAAAAACAAUAAAAGCAAAUUAGUUCCCUUAUUAAACAGGUUUUAGAAAUUAUGUAAUGUAAACAGUUACAAUUACAAUUAGCUAUUUUCAGCAAUUAUUUGCUGCAUAUGCCUCAUUAAUAUUUAGAUGCCUCAUUAAUAUCUUUUUCAGUUGCCUAAGCCAUUCUGAGGCGUCAAUGGGUAACAAUUGAGAUGUUCAAAAUAUUGCCAUGAAUUUUCUCUGGGUAAUAGUUUUUCUUUUUUUGUCUGCAUUUUUGCUUGGCUUCUCUUUAGACCUUCAACAGCAGCCAUUUGCUUUGCUAAGGCAUACAAGUUCAGUAGCAAUUGGAUUCUUUAUCCUGAGCUCAACAUUAUAGAGAUAUUAAAUGUUCUCAGCAAAAGGAGAUCUCUCUCUCUCUGCAAGAGUUGUUAGGUUUUUUUUAAAACCACCUCUUGCAUACAAAAAUAGAAAAUAGUGAAAUAUGCCUUAGAUUUUGCAGUGGAAGCACUGUGCUGCACAGUGGCAAUAAGGGUGCCAUGUCUAAUUCAGACUGUGUAAUUGGACUUCUGAAUCAGAAUUUCAGAUUUUAGGUAACUACUUAUAGGUUAUUUUGAAACAGGAAGAGAAAUUCUAGAUUGUCUAAUGGUAAAAGUUAAAUGUUAAAGUAGGUAGACAAAGGAUUUUUACAUGCUGUGAAAAACUUGAAACCAAAGCUGCUUCAGCCAUUGAAAAAUCGCUGGAUUGGAGCCAAAGGUGACUUACACCAGAGAAAGCUGUACAUCACAGGCUCUCUGAAUUAUGUUAGUGAUGCAAAUUCCUGUAGAUGUGAUUUCAGUGGGCUUGACCCUGGGCAAGAAGAAUUAAGAAGUGGGAAAGAAGAGUCUUCUCCCUGCCCUCCUUUAUGUAAGAACAAGUUCUGCAAUUGCUUUGAUGCCUACCACUUUUUACAGCCUGGCCUUUAGUGGCACAAUCUUAUCUUUUGACUGUCAUGUAUCAUCACUAAAAUAUUUAUCUGUCGGAAAGUAUCCCUAAAAAUCUAUGAUAUUUUGUGUGAUUUCCAAUUUGCUAUUAUUAUAUUAAGUUUAAUGUUAAUAUUUAUGAGUAUCUCACGAGUUUUACUUCUAGAUCUGUUAAUUAAAAAAAAACUGUAUUUUGUGAUAUUUAUUCACCUUAAUUCUAAAUCUUGUCCUGAGCUUGCGGCCUGUAAGUCAGUGGAUGUCAGGUAAGGGCAUAGAUCUGGAAUUUGAAUUUAAAAAAAAAAAAAUAUAAUGCACAAUUAAAUGAACACAACUUUUAAAUUUAUUAGUAAUUGUGAAUGUUGCUAAAUUUGUUCAAAAAUAUUUUAUUGAAAUACAUUGUAAUACAAAACAUUUUUCAGAAAGGCUACCAUUCUUAAAGCAAAUUAGUAGUAACUAGAGAUAUGCGAAGCAUUUCAAAUGUCAA